AUGGCUUUCCAAUCCGGCACGCGAGUCCGCUACCAAAACGCAUACUACAUCGUCAUCGGGGCAGCAGAGCGAGGCCGCGUCCUGAUCCAGAAUGAAAGCGACGCGGAGGAUAUACUACGGGUUGAUCCUGGGAGUCUGGCGAGGGUUUAA